AGGGGCUGCGUGGAGGGAGGUCAAGGUGCACCAUUUGGGGCGGUGGGCAGGGAGGAGGGGGAAAGCGAGGAGCCCCGGGCCCAGCCUAUUCCCGGCUUGUUUGAGGAUGCAAUCCUGCCCUAUAGAUCUCAACUCUGCCCUACUGCUGGGCCCGUCUGCCUGUCCCCUCCCACAAGCUUGCUUUGUUUGGGACCAGAUUUCCAUAUCCCUCGAAAACAUUGGAAUUUUUGGUCAUGAAUAAAACGAUGUAUGUAAAUAGCGUAGAAGCCCGGUUGUUUGAAAGUGCUCCCUUUUUCUUCCUUAGCUUGGAAUGUGAUCGGACUGGUGAGCUUGCAUUUCAAGAAGGUGGAAAGGGUCCUGCUGGAUCCCGGCCAGAGAACUCUGUACAAGGAGGUCAGGCUGGAGAUUCAUGAGAUGGCGACCUCUCUGGGAGAUGUUUGGGGAAUCCCGGAUGAAGGGAAACCAUUAGAAGUCUCACUGAAAAGAGCCGAGGAGCAGAAGUAUGAAUGGAACUUGGGGAAUCAAGAUGGAACAAACAGACAAGAGGGGAGACAAACGCAGAUGCUAGGGGAUGAAUCCAGUACUUCUCAGGGUGAUGACAAUGAAAUUCAAGAGAGUACUCAUCACCUAAAGGAAAUAAGAAUGUCUCCUGAGUGCAGUAAAAUCUUAAGCUACCAAAAAGCCUUGCUCACACAUCGGAGAAGGCAUAAGAGAGGGAGACCAUAUAUACGCAUGGAGUAUGACAAAAGCUUCAGUUACAGUGGUGCCCUUUCUUUACAUCCAAUAGCUCAUACAGGAAAGAAGCCUUAUAACUGCUUACAGGAUGGAAAGAGCUUUGGUCUGAGUAGCCACCUUACUUCACAUCAAAGAAUUCAUACAGGGUACAAACCAUAUGAAUGCUUGGAGUGUGGAAAGAGCUUCAGUGCAAGUAGCACCCUUACUAGACAUCAAAGAACUCAUACAGGGGACAAACCUUAUAAAUGCUUGGAGUGUGGAAAGAGCUUCGGUCUGAGUAGCCACCUUACUUCACAUCAAAGAAUUCAUACAGGGUACAAACCAUAUGAAUGCUUGGAGUGUGGAAAGAGCUUCAGUCAGAGUAGCUCCCUUACUUCACAUCAAAGAACUCAUACAGGGGACAAACCUUAUAAAUGCCUGGAGUGUGGAAAGAGCUUCAGUGACAAUGGCCACCUUACUAGACAUCAAAGAACUCAUACAGGGGACAAACCUUAUAAAUGCUUGGAGUGUGGAAAGUGCUUCAGUCAUAAUGAACACCUUAUUAGACAUCAGCGAAUUCAUACAGGGGACAAGCCUUAUAAAUGCUUCGAGUGUGGAAAGACCUUCAGUCAGAGUGACAGCCUUACUUCGCAUCAAAGAACUCAUACAGGGGAGAAACCUUAUAAGUGCUUGGCGUGUGGAAAGAACUUCAGUCACAGAGGCAACCUUACUAUGCAUCAAAGAAGUCAUACAGGGGAGCAGCCUUAUAAAUGCUUUGAGUGUGGAAAGAGUUUCCGUGACAGUGGCACCCUUACUAGACAUCAAAGAAUUCAUACAGGAGACAAACCUUAUAAAUGCUUGGAGUGUGGAAAGAGCUUCAUUUGCAGUGGCACCCUUACUUCACAUCAAAGAACUCACACAGGGGACAAACCAUAUAAAUGCUUGGAAUGUGGAAAGAGCUUCAGUCAGAGUAGUUCCCUUACUUCACAUCAAAGAACUCAUACAGGGGAAAAAUCUUAUAAGUGCUUGGAGUGUGGAAAGAGCUUCAGUCAGAGUUGCACCCUUACUUCACAUCGAAGGACUCAUACAGGGGACAAACCUUAUGAAUGCUUGGAGUGUGGAAAGAGCUUCAGUUGGAGUGGCAACCUUGCUAGACAUCAAAGAAUUCAUACAGGGGACAAACCUUAUGAAUGCUUGGCGUGUGGAAAGAGCUUCAGUUGCAGUGGCACCCUCACUUUACAUCAAAGAACUCACACAGGGGAGAAGCCUUAUAAAUGCUUGGAGUGUGGAAAGAGCUUCAGUCAUAAUGAACACCUUAUUAGACAUCAGCGAAUUCAUACAGGGGACAAGCCUUAUAAAUGCUUCGAGUGUGGAAAGACCUUCAGUCAGAGUGACAACCUUACUUUGCAUCAAAGAACUCAUACAGGGGAGAAACCUUAUAAGUGCUUGGCAUGUGGAAAGAACUUCAGUCACAGAGGCAACCUUACUAUGCAUCAAAGAAGUCAUACAGGGAAGCAGCCUUAUAAAUGCUUUGAGUGUGGAAAGAGUUUCCGUAACAGUGGCACCCUUACUAGACAUCAAAGAAUUCAUUCAGGGGACAAACCUUAUAAAUGCUUUGAGUGUGGAAAGAGCUUCAUUUGCAGUGGCACCCUUACUUCACAUCAAAGAACUCAUACAGGGGACAAACCAUAUAAAUGCUUGGAAUGUGGAAAGAGCUUCAGUCAGAGUAGCUCCCUUAGUUCACAUCAAAGAACUCAUACAGGGGAGAAGCCGUUUAAAUGCUUGGAGUGUGGAAAGAGCUUCAGUCAGAGAUUCUCCCUUACUGUGCAUCAAAGAACUCAUACAGGGGACAAGGCUUAUAAAUGAUUGGAGUGCGGAAAUAAUUUCAUUCAGGAUGGCCAUCUUCAGGCACUUCAAAUUAUCCAUAUAGGGGAGCAGCUGUAUAAAUGCUUUGAAUGUGGAAAAAGCUUUAAGAAGAGUUGUAGUCUUUCUGUGCAUCCAAGGACCCAUAUAGCGGAGCAGCCAUAUUAAUGUCUGGAUCAUACCCUUGCUACACAUUAAAAAUAUCACAGUGGGGGGAAACCAUGUAGCUGUCCAGAGUGUGGGAAAUGUUUCAUUCAGUGUAUCUUGCAGUGUCAUUCUUCCUUCACAUCAAAGGAUCCUUAAAGAGGAGAAACUAUGAAAUGCCCAGAGAGUGGAAAGAGCUUUGUUAGAUACUCAGAUGACGCUAUAUUAGGUACUCAUGAACCCCUCCAUUGGAGAGAGAGGAAUAAUAGGUAUGUUCACACGGAUGAGAAAUUUGGUCCAUUCACUUUUCAGUACACCUCUCCUACAUAAUUUUGUUGUUGUUAUGUGCCUUCAAGUCGACUACAACUUACGGCAACCUUGUAAGUUCAGGUCUGUGGCUUCCUUUAUGGAAUCAAUCCAUCUCUUGUUUGGCCUUCCUCUUUUUCUACUCCCUUCUGUUUUUCCCAGCAUUAUUGUGAUGCCUAUAAUAAGUACAGUGGAAGGAAUUGUUAGAAAUGUUUGAACUGUUCGGAACAUUUCAGUGAAGAUUGUUAUUGAGUUCAGUUUUGGGGCAAAACUGAGGAUGGUGGAGAUGAAGUGGACUGAAGGAGCUGUGGAGCGGAAUGGAAUAAAAACUUUGGACAAGUAAUACUAGCUCAUGACUGAUGUAGACCUGAAUGUCUGCAUUGAGGGCAGAAAUGCUUUUCUGGAUUGUGAGAAGCAGAAAUGCUGAGAAGGCCUUAGCUAAACUAAUAGUGAAGAUAGAAGAUUAGCUACUCCACGUGACUAGUACAAAACCUAUUUACAUGUGUGGUGGUUUUGCCUUUUAAUACGAACGUUUUCGCUGUAUUAGCUGCAAUCGCUCUAUUCAUGGGGCAGUCCAUUACUAUUCUGGCGCAUUUGCAACACAGUUUGCCUUUUUGCCUUCUCUUUCAGAGGGGAAGCGAUUUCUUGCUUUGAACCUGUUCUGAGGCUGUCUAAGUUUCCUCUAAGUGAGUCCUUUGCGGCUGGAGGUUCGGUUCUUUAAAAACUUCAAACAGUUUCUGCUGGUCUUGUUUUUAUAUAUGUAUGUUUACAGUUUUAAUAGAUUUGCUUAUUCCCAGGUGAGGUUUCUAUUUCACCAUUUUAUUUUUCAACCUUUUCCCUUCAUCUUUGUUUAUCUGGAUCCUGUCUGUAGGACUGUACGUCCAACUGGUUCCUUUGAAUCCCUUCUUGGGUAGGUAGCUGUCAUAUUCUUUCUUUGCUCUUAAUAUUUUUUGCAUGACAACAUCUUCAUAUUUAUGGUCCUUGGCAGACCCGCCACCCAAGGGCAGCCCGGAUAUAUGCCCCCUGACCUAGCCAGGAGCUGAUGCAAGAGGCUGCAAGAUUAACUGCAGCCUCUCUAUGAACUCAGGGUCAAGGCAGGGGCUCCCAGUCCUUGCAGCACUUACCACUUUUCUUAAUAGCUAGGAUAAAUGCCUACAUAGCUGACACAUAGCAAAGCUUUAGCUACUUUGGACUGGUGGAAAGGGGUCAGUCAAAGCAGAGCUGCCUAAUAGUUAACAUUAUUACUAGCCUUCAAUACCACAAUUGUGGUUUGUAAUAGUUCAGUUGCACAUUGUUCUUCUGAGUAGAGGUAAGUUUCCAUAUCCAUUUUUUAUUUUUGUUUUCCAAGUAAUAAUUGUUUGUGUAUACUUGUUGCCAGUUUAUUUCUGGGUCAGAUGCAAGGUUCUCGUGGUAGUGUUUAAAGCCCUAAAUGAUUUAGCCCCCUAACAUCUGAAAGUCCACCUCCUUCCUUACAGGCCCUCUUGUGUGUUAAAAUCAGCAGAGUGGGCCUUCUAGAUAGUUCCACUGCUCCCACAAGUUUGGGGGGAUGGUGUCCCGGGAGAGGGUGUUCUCUGUGGCGGCCCCUGAUUUGUGGAACCCCCUCCCCACCGAAGUUCAUUCGGCACCUUCACUGUAUAAUUUCUGGUGAAUGUUGAAGACAUGCCUCUUCAGCCUGGCCUUUGACACUUGAGAUGUACAUUUUCAGGACCCACCCUAUUGCUGUGAUUGUGUUUUGUUUUAAUUCUUUUUUUAACACUGUAUUUUAACCUGUUGUAACCCACCCUGGGACCUGCUUAUGGACAGGUGGGUAAUCAUCAUCUGAUCCUUAUUUCCCCCUUCCCCAAGAUUCAAUAAAGUGCUGUGGAUUUCUCUCUGCUCUUAUGCUCUAUCUGUCAUAAACUGAAAUGCAUUUUCUGCUGAUGUAUUUAAAGUAAAUCUUUCCAGAGUAUAGCUUUUCACCAGAAAGGACUCCCAGAGGACAGAAGGGGAAGUGUAACUCUGCUGCAGCGAGGGAACCUUUGGGGGGGAAGUCCUUCCUUUUGGAAUAGCCUGUCUGCGGACAAAAAUACAAAACGUGGUCUGGCUACCGUCAGAGCCAGGAUGAGAGAAGCAAGGACUAGUCAGUGUCUGCGCCACAGCUUCAUGACUUUCUUCCCUACCUAAUUCUGGAACCUGUGGCCCUCCAGCUGGUGCUGGUCUCCCAACUCCCAUCAGCCCCUGUCAGCAUGGCUAGUGGUCAGGGGUGAUGGGAUAUUCCAGCAACAUCAGGGGGGGUCACAGGGUCUCAUUCCCUUCAAAGAUUGCUCCCCCCUCACUGUUAAGUUCUUCAGACUGCGCACCGGCAUGCAGGUAUGUAUUUUACCUGUGUGCACAAAAGUGUUAGAUAGCAGGGCUGUGGAGUCGGAGUCGUGGAGUCGGAAGCAAUUUUGGGUGGAGUCGGAGUAGGCAGAAAUGUACCGGCUCCGACUGUGGCUUCAAAAUAAAAACUUACAAUAUUAUAACAAUAUAUGGUAAAUAUAUCAUGUUAUACUUAUAUUUUAUACUUUUUUAUAUUUCAGGGAAAAUAUUUGUAAUAGUUUGUUGCAUUUACUUUCGUAGGAAUUUAGGCAAGUUUUCUUGUUCAGAAAUUUUAAUCAGAUAAAUAUAUUUUAUGUUCUAUCAAUCUAGCCUGAUGAUUCACGUGGUGGUGAUGAAAUGCCUUGUGCUACCAUUUUACUACAGUAAAUUUGUUCUUACUAGUUAAUAUACAUUUGCCAUUUAUGAAGGAGUCGGAGUCAGACAGUAGAAAAAUAGAGGAGUCAGAGCCAAACUUUUGACGUCCCCAGUCCCCAGCCCUGUUAGAUAGACCAGAUCCACAGAAAACAGCAGUUAAUUUAAAAAAUAAAAUAAAGCGUCACUUGCUUCAAGGCAGGAAACCUGAAGUCUGUUGUGGGCAUGCCCACAAAUAUUUGCUGACCUGUGCAUAUACCUUCUGUGGAAGCAGAAAAAGCUAGGCCUUAACUUGUUUUAGAUUUCCUAGCUUGAUUCAGAAUUGUGACUCCAAAGAAUGAUGGCAGAAGGUCUCUUUUUAACGUAUUAAGAGGGAAUGCUAAAAAGAAAUGUUCCGAGAAAAAUGCUUAUGCUGUGACCCAAGGAGAAAUGACAGAAGAGUAAACGGGUUAGGAAAGCAUUUGGAAGCUGCGUGGAUGUAAUCCCUAGACUUUAGACUGCUGAGUGUUUCCCCAAAUUAAUGUUUAAUCUCUUUGCUCUCUGCUUUUUGCUGUAUGUGAAAGACAGCAGAUGCGUGUCAGCAUGUUGAGCUGAUGUGAAAUGACUUAUUAAAAUGAUGACAUACUGUAAUUUGGUUACAUGUGCUUUGGGAUAUGGUAUAAAAAUGUGCUGUAAAAAUUAAGGAGUAGAGAACUUUCUUGGUAAACUCCAAAUAGCUGUUUGUAUCUAAAUAAAGGUGCCUUUAACGGA